CAUUAUUGCAAAACACAACACUCCCACACACUAUUCCCAGGAAUAAACCUCUCAAUCCCCACUUUAUUCCCCAUUUCCACGUAAUCUUAUCCCCCAAUCCCCUCUCGAAAAACCCCCAAUCCAUUCGAAACCCUAGCGACGAUGCAGAGUCGUCGAUCGAAGCCUCUGUUGCUGCUGCUACUGAUCUCAUUCCUCUUCGGAAUCGCUGUUCCAAUCGCUUUUGCUUCGCAGCUCGGGGCGACGUGCGUGGCGGAUCGGAACUGCGACGCGGGGUUGCACUGCGAGACGUGUAUAGCGGAUGGGAACGUGCGGCCCAGAUGCACCCGGAUCAAACCGUCCGAUCCGAAAUCAACGGGGACGGGGUUGGCGUUCAACAGGUACGCGUGGCUGACGACGCACAACUCGUUCGCGAGGCUCGGGGUGAGGUCCCAAACCGGCUCCAUCAUUCUCGCCCCCACCAAUCAACAGGACUCCAUCACCGAUCAGCUCAACAACGGAGUGCGAGGACUAAUGCUCGACAUGUACGAUUUUGAAAACGAUGUCUGGUUGUGCCACUCCUUUGGCGGCAAAUGCUACAACAUCACGGCAUUCCAACCCGCGAUCAAUGUUCUCAAAGAGAUCCAAUCGUUCCUCGAAGCAAACCCUUCGGAAGUCGUCACGAUAUUCAUCGAAGACUACGUUACGUCCCCGAUGGGUCUCACCAAGGUGUUCACUGCCUCGGGCCUCAUGAAAUACUGGUUCCCCGUAUCCUCAAUGCCGAAGAACGGAGGCGAUUGGCCUUUGCUUCGUGAUAUGAUAAGCAAGAACCACCGCCUGCUCGUGUUCACCUCAAAAUCCGCCAAAGAGGCUUCCGAGGGCAUCGCGUACGAGUGGAGAUACGUCGUUGAAAAUCAAUAUGGAAAUGGAGGGAUGCAAGCAGGGCAGUGCCCUAACCGAGCGGAGUCGGCCGCUAUGAACACGAUGUCUCGAUCGCUCGUUCUGAUGAACUACUUCCCCGACGCUCCGGAUUUCGCGACCGCUUGCAAGCACAACUCGGCGCCCCUCGUGGACAUGCUGAACACCUGCCAUAAUGCGUCGGCGAACCGAUGGCCCAACUUCAUAGCUGUAGAUUUCUACAAGAGAAGUGAUGGAGGUGGUUCCCCAGAAGCUACAGAUAUAGCUAAUGGGCACCUGGUUUGUGGAUGCAACAGCAUAGUAAAUUGUAAGGUAAAUGGCACUUUUGGCACGUGCGAGGCUCCUCCUCAAGCUGGGAACGUACCAUCUCCUUCCUCAUCUACUGUGACAUCGCAAAGUAGUAGUGCAUCAGUUGCUUUAAUGGUCUCAAGAUUAUUUUUAUUCAAAAUGGCCAUAUUCCUAAGUCUCUUUUAUUUGUAAAUAGCCACGGUUUUUUUUAAUUUUUUUUUCUUUUAUGGCUGGGUGGGUGGGGAUUGGCUUGCACUUUGUUUAUUUAUAGCAUUGAUGAUUCCAGUGCAAGCUGGGCAUUUUUCAUUUUUUUUUAAAAAAAACUAAAAUAAGCUCGAGCAAUGAGCGAUCUGAGUAUCUUUAUGGCUCA